AUGCGACACGCCAAGUCGUCAUCCCCAACUGCAGUCGGUGUUGUUGUUGGUGCACUCUUCCUCACUCUGCUUCUCUUGACAUUCAUUCUUCAAGUGGAAUCCAAGAAAUCAUCUCAAAAUGUAGAUAAAUAUGCAGAUGUUGAUGCCAUCAUGCACGCAGCCAAACAAAAAGUUUCAUCAUCAAAAAGUAGUAGCAGUACUACCAACAAAUUUGUCAAGGUGAAAUGUCCUCCUGGAAAAUCUCUCCUCUAUCGCUUUAGAGCUACGACUCUGAUCGGCAAUAGAGGUCUUAUCAACUCUCGUAAAGGAACAGCUGGUAACUCAGAAACUCAAAUUUACGGUAAAAUGAUUUUAACUUGUCCUUCCAAACGAACGACCAAGAAGGCUUUGCAAAUUUCCGGACAGGACGACGACGAUGAUCGUAAAAAGAAUGUCGUUUUGGUCACUUUCUUGAAUGGCUUCUUUGUUCAGUAUCAAGGAAGAUCACGUGGAUUGAGUGGACGUAAAUAUCGUCGCUUGAUGACCUCGACCGAUAUCACCAAAGACUUGAAUCAACAUCCCAUGCUAUUCGUUCAGUCCAAUAGUGGUCAUAUUCAAAGCUUGGUCUUUAGACAAUCUGAGAGUCGUUAUAUGAGAGCUAUCAAGAAGGGUCUCCUUCGUUUGCUCACAACUGAAACUCGUAAGAAGGCUCGUUCUCAAACCGAUGGUUUUGGUGGCAAAUACUACAAGAAUUAUGAGAAGAGAUUUACUCGUGGCAAAUUUACCAAGUCUCGUCGUUCCUUACGUAUCUUUCAACGAUUCUCUCAUGAUGACUUUGUUUCAACCAUGCCAGUCUCAAAACGACAUUUACACUAUGAUGCCUCUCAUUUGGUGAGAGUUUCAUUGAAAAAGCAAGUCCCUACUCAUGCCAGUAUGAAGAUAAAAUUGACUUUUGGACCAGCCAGUGAUAUUCCAAGACACUAUGCUUUUGAAGCCUUUGAGAAAUUGACCAAGCAAUCAUUGAGAGAUAAGAAUCCAGAGUCUCACUCUGCCAGUGACUUGGAGACUUUAUUCAUUGGCAGUAUGAACUUGGAAAAGAUUAGAAGAACCAAGGGUAAUCUCGAUGGAAAGAUCAAGGAAACCAUCUUGAGUUUGGAAAAGAAUGGACGUGGUGCCAAGUUAGGCUCAGAGUUUGCUUUUGAGAAUUCAUUCAGUGUGAACAAGUUUGAUCGAAAGGCAACCUUGUCGUUGAGAAGAAGACAAUUCUCUCCAAGAUUCUUCCGUACAUUGUUGAAUGGAGUCAAGCAAGAUCCAUCUCUUUCAAGGGAGUCCAAUCAAUUGUUGGCUGCUCUUGCCAAGUACAGCAAAUUGCAUCCAAUCAAGAGUGCUGAUAUGUUAUUGUCUGAAAUUUCGAAGGGUAUCAAGACUUUGAACACUAAAAAGUUGGAUAAGACUGCCAAGAUUGCUCUCAAGAAUUACUUGGAAAGUAUCAAAACUUGGCUGCUACUUAACUACAUUUACGCUUCUAUUGUCAUUGCCUAUCCAUCUGAAUCUGUUUUCGGUUUGUUGAAGACUUUGAAAUCUCAAGGUAUUAAAGCAUUUGCUCGUGGUGGAUCCAAGAAGUACAAGAUUGACGAUGACUACAACAAUGAGGUGAAGGAAAAUGCAUUCAUGGCUUAUGCUGACCUUGCACAUAGAUUGAGAGAUGUUCGUUUGCAAAGACAAAUUGUCAAGGAAAUUGUCACAAGAAUUGGACAAUCCAAAGACCUUACUGAGCUCACUACCAAUUUCCAUGCAUUGAACAAUGCUGGUAAGGGAGUUCAAGUUGAAAUCUUGUACAUGUUCUUGGCUGAUGAUCGUGUUCCUGACUCGAUCAAGGUCUUGAUCAUUGAAAACUUGAAGAAACGUUUGAACGACGAGAAGAAUGUCGACGACAUGAUUCAUGAAAUUUUAGGAUCCACAGGAUAUAGUCCUCUCGUCAAGGCUUCACUCAUCAAUGCUCAAAGUGAAAGAGAACGACAUUUAAGAAGAAGUACUUCUAUUCGACAUGUCUAUCGUGUCCACAAGAGAAGCAAGAAUGAAGAAAUUAGCACAGCUGCAAAGAAUUAUCUCUAUACCUGUGGUACACAUGAGUCUGGAGAAGCUCUUGCAAAGGCCAUGAAGUUGAAACCAAAGAGACAACAACGUAAUCGUCGUCAAAGAUCCUCUCUCACUUAUGGUAUUGUAGGAAGAUCCUUAUUGUCACAUGAAGAUCUUGAAUUGUUGGACAACUUUGAAAGUUUAGAACAACAAAACGUUCUUUUCCGUAGAUUCUUCAGACGUUUGAGAAGAGCCUUCAGAAGAAUUGGUGGUGCUAUUCGAAGAGUGGCUAGACGUGUUGGAGGUGCCAUUCGAAGAGUGGCUAGACGUGUCGGAGGUGCAUUGCGAAAAGUGGGUCGUCGUUUGGCUCAAGUUGCUCGUCGUAUUGGAAGAGGUAUUGCCAGAAUUGCCAAGACUGUUGCUAAGGGAGUUGUGAAAGCUGUCAAGUGGCUCAAGGAUAAAAUUCUUGCUGCCAUCAAUGCUGUCAAGAAGAUUGUUGCCAAGAUCAAGUAUUACUUUAGUGCUGCCAAGUUUGAGAAUCAAAAGGCCUGUAUGCAAGUCAGUGUGAAUCCAAAUGAUCAAUUGUGCUUGUAUCAAUCUGGUAUGAUUGACUUUGUCAGAAAGCAAGGCGAUUUGUCAACCAUUAAGAAGGCCAAACACUUUAGUUUUGAAAAGUUAUUAGGUACCAAUGCCGUGCACAUGUACAUGGGAUUCCUUGUCUAUGCAGGUGCUUCUUUCGAAUGCUCUGGAGAACGAGCUGGUUUUGACUUUGUCUUGAUUGCAAAGGCCAACAUGUAUGCCAAGUUGUUCAAGAAGCAAUUCGUUGUCAUUGAUGCUGCUGGUGAAUUGACAAAGAGACCUGACCAACCAAUCAAUGAUAACAUUUUCGUUAAGGUGUUCGCAACCACUUUUAUCAACAAGAGAUUUGUUCCAGAUCGUAUUCGUCAAAUUAUUGAAGCAUGUUUCUCUGAGACUAAACCAUUGGUUGAGAAGAGAUUCCCAAAGCUCGUCGAUUGGAAUUAUCAAUUCCAAAUUGGUCCAGUUCCUGUGAACUUCCACUUUAACGUUGCUUUGAAUAUGGGUGUUGAACUCAGAUAUGGUGUUUGUGUGGAAAAGUUGGAAGCUUCAGUUUCAGUGGAACCAUACAUUUCUUUGAGUGUGACUGCUAGCGCAAAUGUAGGAGUUCCUGUUGCCAAGGUUGGAGUUUAUCUCAAAGCAACUAUUACUUACAGAAUUAUUCCUCGUUUGGCAUUUGAAAAGUGUAAUUUGUGUGCCAUGUUGCAACACAAACUUGAUGGAAUUGAAUUCAACGUUGGUCUUAAAGCUUCUUUCAUGAAAUGGUCCAAAGAAUGGAGAUUCUUCAGAACUCAAACAAAGGCCUACGUCAAGACUCUCUUCGAAAAGUGUAUUGGAGCUGGUGGAUACAAACCAUCCGAUAAUGACUCUAAGAAGCUUGAACUCUCCAGCACACCAGUCAACAAGGAUCAACAACAGCAAUCAGGAAAUGAACAACAACCACAAGGUGGAGAAUCUCAACAACAACCACAACCAGAACAAGGUGGAGAAUCUCAACAACAAACCGAGCAUCCUAAUGCUCCACCAACCAAUCCUCCUGGAUAUCAAGAACCAGAUCCAAGUAUCAUCAAUGGAAAGGUCGACUCUCCACAAGAAUUGGCCAAGGUUGCUCAAGAAAAGGGACUCGGAAAUUGGGUCAAGAAGACAACCAAAUACAAGCCUCUCUUUGGUCCUCAUGCUCAAAGAAUUCCACUCAAUGGAGGUGCAAUUGUUCCACCAAAACCAGGAAGACAAACUCUCAAAGCUCCAGUCACUGUUCAACAAGAAAAAGUUUGGUCAAGUGAUUUCUUAAAGCAACACGUACCUGAAGAAGUUGUUUCUAAGGUCGGAAUUGAGAAACUUCGUCACUUACCACCUGAAUAUUUCCACCUCAAGAUGGAGGAUAGAGCCAAGAUUCCAAAUGAUGUUUUGGACUUGCCAUCUGCAGAUUUCAAACGUUUCAUUGCUCACUUGCCAUCAAGAUAUAAUAAGGAUACUGCUCUUGUCAUUCCUAAGACUGCCUAUGUGAAAGUUUGGUCUAAAGAAGUGUUGCAAAAGAGACUUCCAAAGUCAAUCUUCCAACAAGUCCCUGUGGAGUAUUUGAGACACUUGCCAGAAGAAGUGUUGCAAGUUCGUCAAAGAGUGCUUUCUCAAGUUCCAGUCGAUAUUUACAAGCAAGGACCAGCUGCUGUCGUUGGUUUCAUUUGUAACAAGUACAAGAGAUUGUGCAAGAGAUUAAUCAAGGCUGUGAAAGCUGACACUGGAAAAGAUAUUACAUCUGAGGUUCAACAAGCUCAACAAGAAUUAAAGACACAACAGGCAGAACAGCAACAAGCUGAGCAGCAACAACAACAGCAAGCAAAUAAUACUCAACAACCAUCUGUGCCACAACAGCAAGCAGUUGUUCCACCACAGGAACCACAACAACAAGAAAUGGUUGGUCACUCAGGACAACAAAGUCACUCCAUUAGAACUCCAUACGGACGUAUUCAUUUGGAUAUUAAUGUCAAUGUGAAUAAGCAGCCACAACAAUAA